AUGAGCGGGCUGGAGGAAGAAAGCGAAGGCUGCGAGGGUCUCUGGGAGCUUCCCGUGGAGUGCAGCACGCGGAGGCCAGAGUGCAUCCGCUGCGGCUUUUGUUUUUAUAUUCAAUAUUAACUGAAGGAAAGUAGAGUGUUACGGACAGUCCCACUUCUGGCGGCUUGUCUACCCGAAGACAAAUGUAAAGUCUUGAUUGGUCGGCGUUUCAGUGAAGACAAGUACCCUGACUUAGCAUCUGUGUGCAGAAAUUCAAAUACCUUAAUAUUAUAUCCUGGAGCUGGAGCAGCAAAUUUGGAAGAAGAAGAUCUGAACUCCUCUGAUCCCUAUGUGAUCAUCAUCAUUGAUGGAACAUGGAGCCAGGCUAAAGAUAUAUUUUUUAAGAACUCCCUUUUUCGAAUACCUAAACAGGUGCAAUUGAGAACUAGUCUUUCAAGCCAGUAUGUCAUCCGAACACAGCCAACAAAUAUGUGCCUGUCCACACUUGAAUGUGCAGCCAUUGCCCUUGCCAUCAUGGAAAAAAAUGAUAGCAUUAAAGAGACUGUACUCCGUCCUCUUCAAGCCCUGUGCUCUUUCCAACUUCAGCAUGGUGCCCAAGUCCAUCACAGCAAGGAGCAUCUUCUUAAAAAUGGUUUAUAUGACAAGCCAAUGCCAAAAAAUAAACGCAAGCUCAGGAGAAUGGAACUUUUAGUGAAUAAUUUUAAAAUUUAGCAAUGCCAUAUAGAUUUAGUAUUAAAGACCUUUAUUCCUUUUAGCUAAUGAAGUGGUUGUUGAUCCAAAUAACCAUCUCUUAUAAUGGAUUAAGCUCCAAUGGCAGGGUGCCUAGGAGUUCAAGAAUAAUUCAAAAAUAGAAUGCUUGGAUCUUUGAAUUAUAUCAGGGAUAAACAAAAGGCAUUGUCUCCUCACCCCCCCAUUUAAUAUGCAGUCUGAUUUCUUUGAUUUUUGUUGUGGGAAAUGUUUGGCAUAAGGAACAUAAAUUUUAUAAUUGAAUGAUGAGGAUUCAGUAAUUUAGAGCAAUCAAAAAUCCCGUUCAAGCAUUUUGUUUUGAUUUGUUGGAAAAAUAGAAAUGAAAGCAUUGUUUGAACAUUUUUCCUUUAAUUUCUUAUUUUGAGCUAGCUUAACAGAUGUAUAAUGUAAGUCUUCAUGUUGAGAACAGAAGAAGACUGAUUCCAGUAAGAGCAUGCUAGUAAGACUGAGUACAAGAAAGGAGGUUUUGUCCUGAACAGAGCUCAGCCAAGAGUCAUUAAACCGCACAGCGGUACACGUAUUUCAUUUGAUAUUGUAAAGAUAUAUAUUGAGAGGGGAGUUGUGCAUCUCCAAAUGCAUGGUGUAUAUGAGCCAGGGAUCUGAGCCAAUCACGUCUGCCCGGCACACAUCCACUAUGCAUCCUUGGGUAUGUAGGAACUUGUUUUCUUUUAUACUGUACUCCUGCAAAACAGUAGUGUACCAAAAUAGUGACUCUAGAUUAACACUAGCUUCAGGAAGUUUUAAUGUGUAAGAAAAAAAUGAAGACAUACUGUAUUUGUUCUAUUUUCAGCAACGAUGGUGGAAAUAUAAAUGUCAUCCCAAAAAAAACCUAGUGGAGCUAAUGGGCAGUAUUGUGAUGGAGAGGGGGGAGGGAGGUGGGAAGAUGCAAAGGAAGACACAGACAUUAAAACUUGGGUAGAACUAGGGCCUCUUCAUCUAACUCUGUUGGACUCACCACCCUGGGAUCUGCAAGGGCCAAGUGCAGAAAUCUGAUGACUGUUUUAGAGGCAACUGGCAUAUCUGUUGGGUAAUUUAUUCCAGUGGUUUUCAACCUUUCCACAGUGGAGGACCGGCAGAAACAGGAAAGCCACUUCAGGAACUGCUGAGGCAGAAACAAAAAACACCAUGCAUAUAAUACAGUAUUCUAUGUAUUAGUUUUCAAACACAUUACCAAAAAAAAGUGAAAAUUCUCCAAAACAACCAGAAACUGAGCAACAAAAAAUACCAACAAAACAGCAAAAUACCAAAAUGGGGGCAGCAUGGCUCUCAGUGAGCUCCCAUCAAACCAUUUCUCCCCUCCCUGCCUGCCUCUGGUGGCACUAGUGCACCUCCCACCAACCAAGGAAGAGGUGGUGGAGCACAG